AUGCCGAGAUGGGUUAACUGGUUUACCGAAUGGUUAACUCAUGUACCAAGAUGGUUACUUGGUAUGCCAAGAUGGUUAACUCGUGUACCAAGAUGCUUAAAUGGUAUGCAAGCAAAUGGUAUGCUGGAUAAUCAUUUACAAUUUUUCAUCGCUAUUCAUAUACCAAGUUGGUUUAACGGUGCUGACAUUAUGGAGAUCAUUGUUAUUAAUUAG